AUGUCCAUUUUGGAUCGCUGUCGCUCGAAUCUGAGAGCACUAGAAUCCAGUUUGCGAGAGGAGCACAAGCCGGAAUUCGUGCUCAGGUUGGACUUCUCGGAUAUAUUUCCUGCUAGUGACAAGAAACCUACUCCUUUGGAAGAGCUUGAACUACUCAAUACGUUUGCGACUUACUUUCCUUGUAAUGAUGACUCGAAAGCAAGACUGUUUUACGAGAUAUUCCCGUUUGAGAGGGACGUGCCAGAUGAUCGUGUGCGUUUCCUGGUCAAGUUGUCUUCUUUAGCUCUUUGUAUUGGGUUGCCUGUUAUCUUGGAACUGGCUGCCGUGUGGUUGAAGGUACGUGUUGCUCACCUGUACGCAUCUACCGCGCCUCCUGCACCACUUUAUCAGCCAGUGGUAUUUUUCGUAACUGGUAUAACUUCCGACAUGUUGAGCAUUCCUGGUUUGCCUUGCACAUCCCAUUCUGUGGGCGGUUACUUGACAGAUGGAGAUUCUUUGGAACAUCCACUUCUUAAUCUCCAUCACACUUCACCUCUCUUUGCGGAAGCCUACUUGUCAGCGGCCACUCUGGUGUACGGGACAUCGCCGACUUUCACCUUUGGUGACCUGGCACCUGGCCACCGCACCUAUUCGAGUCAUGCGAUAGCCACGGCUUAG